AUGUAUACAGAAAGUCAAGCUAUAGAUUUAAACAGACAAAUAUUAAAAUCAAGUUUAACAAGAUAAUUUACAAGAUCUCCAACAAGAUCAAGAAAAAGAAUUAUAUCUUUACCUCCAUUAGAGGCUGCAUAAAAUUAAUAUUAAAAAUUAAAGCAACGUAAUAUUACUUACCACAAGGAAAGCCCAAGAGAAGUAUUUAAUUUAAUUAUCAGUGUUGUAAGGUUUAAUUUGUUUGACAAUUCGUGA